GCCCAGCACACUCCAAGGUCCAACUUUAAAGUUAGCGAUCCGUCCCAGGAAGAGACAGUCCUUUCUGACCAGGUCAGCAGAUCAGUAACGGAACAUCACCGAUAAAGAUGGGAGACUGGGGAUUCCUGUCAGGCCUGCUGGACAAGGUCCAGUCCCACUCCACGGUCAUUGGGAAGAUCUGGAUGAGCGUGCUCUUCCUGUUCAGGAUCAUGGUUUUGGGUGCAGGUGCUGAGAGCGUCUGGGGCGACGAGCAGUCGGGUUUCGUCUGCAACACUCAGCAACCUGGUUGUGAGAACGUCUGCUACGAUUGGACCUUCCCCAUCUCGCACAUUCGCUUCUGGGUCCUCCAGAUCAUCUUCGUCUCCACGCCGACGCUGGUCUACCUGGGCCACGCCGUGCACAUCAUCCACAAGGAGAACAAGAUGAGGGAGCAGCUGUUGAGUCAGAGUGGGUCCCGGGUGCUCAAACAGCCCAAAUACACGGACGUUAAGGGAAAGGUGAAGAUCAAGGGGAACCUGCUGGGGAGCUACCUGACCCAACUCGUGUUCAAGAUCAUCAUCGAGUCUGCCUUCAUAGUGGGCCAGUACUACCUGUAUGGCUUCAUCAUGGUCCCCAUGUUCCCCUGCUCUCAGAAGCCCUGUCCCUUCACUGUGGAGUGCUACAUGUCCCGGCCCACAGAGAAGACCAUCUUCAUCAUCUUCAUGCUGGUGGUGGCCUGCGUCUCCCUAUUUCUCAACUUCCUCGAGGUGUUCUACCUGAUUUGCACCAGGGUCAGAUGUGGGUCCAGGCCUCGCAGUCACAAGAUCACUUCUGCCGAAAACCCUGCUAGCCUGUUGUCUCCCAAGUGGCCGACUAUAGAGGACUCGCUCAAGCAGAACCAGAUUAACAUCGAGCUAGAGGGCAGCCCGAGCAUCGGUGGAAGCUUGGAUGGAGCCAAAGAGGAGAAACGACUACUGAGUGGUCAUUAAAAACAUUGCUCUGACCAUUAUAAUGUUUGAAAUGUUCGUUUUUAGAUCGCUGCGUCCUUGUUCAGAUACAUGUAAGAGACUGCGUAAAGAAUUCAUGCAAAAUGCUUUAAAAAACUCCUGACCGAAUAUCAAGGAGGCGCUUCAUCACUGUGUAGUUAAGUCAUAUUCUUGCUGAGAAAAGUCUGCAUAAAUCUGAAUUAUUUUUAGGGCCACAUUGUUGGAAUUUUACAUUUAUUUUGUAUUAUUUAACAGGAAAUCUAAUAAUGGAAAUCUAAUAAUGGAAAGCAUGCAAUAUUGAUGAUGUAUUUAUGUUCUUUAAUACUCUAUUAGUGAGCAGAGUUUCAUCCAUGUCUAGUUUCUGAAUGUGUCCUGUAAGUUAUUGCCAUGUUCAUUAUUAAGGACUUGGAAUAUUUUGCUCACUGAAUGGUGAAAAUGAUGUUGAUGAUGAUUGUGGUGAAAGGCUUCUACCGUGUUUGGUAGACAUUUUUGUGUGCUGUAUUGUUUUUAAUAAAUGAUUCAAAUUUAAGAUAUAAAAA